AGCCUGUGCCCUCCCCUGCACCCGGGAGAGCAGCAAGAGCAUCCGAGCGCCGGGCUCCGCUCCCCGCCAGCAGACAAUAUUAUUGUUGAAGAUUAGUCAGAUGCCUUCCGUCUAUUCCCUGCCUCACAUGCUAUGUCAUGCAAGCUUUGAAAUACUUAGCACAUAAUUUAAAUGAAUGACUAAUUUGGCAAGCAUAAUGGAAGGCACGCAUACUAUCCUUCAAUUGCACAAACCCAUUAUGGAGCUUUGUUACAUCAGCUUCUAUCUUCCAGAGGGAAAAGUCAGAGGAUUUACUUACAAGGGCUGUGUAACUCUGGAUAGAACCAGUAAACGUUUCUGUAGCUGCUACCAAGUAAGGGAGAGGUUAGAGAUGGAGCUGAAAGAACAGACAUAUGAAAACUUUGGAGAUAUUAUUUUCAAGCAAACUACCACAAAAGACAUUCUCAUUGAACUGUACAAACUAACUGCUGAAAAGGAAAGACUGUUAUCCAGUCUUUUGAGAUCACACCAUAUCCUGGACCUUAACACAGGACAUCAGGAGGGAAAGCGGCAGGAUGUUCCCGGAGUCCUGAAACGUAAAGGUGAUGAUUACCCCAGUUUUACACAUCAGCAGGAUUUCUUUCUGGAUUCCACAAACAGAGACAAUUUGAAUCAUAAAAAAAUGAGGAAAUAUAGAAGGAAAGAGAACUUUGAGGAGUUCAGACACCAGAAAGGGGGGAAAAAGAUAUAUGAACAACAUUUUUCCUUACUGAGCGCACAAGACAUGCAAAUGGAAAAUAAGAAGAUGCUCCCCACAAGAUUUCCUACCAGGAGUUUCACCAGUUCCUUUUCUGCUUCCAGCUGGCUAACAGUAAAAGGUAAGGAUGAUUUACCAGUAGACAAUAGUAUACAACCAGAAAGGUGGAAAGAAGAAGGGUACUUUCUUGAGAGCAACAAAGCUGUGAAACUGGAUGCUGGUUUACCACAUUCAAGCUCAAAAGACAACAGUGACAUGGUUGCAGCUGAACUAGUGGACAAUGGAGGAUGCAUUCCUGAAGUACAACAGAGUAUCACUUUGAUAAAGUCAUCCGAGGACAUUCUAUCUAACAAAUCUGAGACAUUAAGUAAAUCUGCAGCUGCUGAAAGCUUGAAAAGUAGCAAGUAUACUGAGCCGGUAUGCAAGAAGAAGCCAGGAAUCACAGUUGUUGCUGAAGUACAGGAUUCAGAAGCUUGUAUUAGAAAAGUUGCCAAACCCCCUGCAGAGUCUUUACCUGAUUUUCACAGAGAUAAAGAAACCAUUUCUCCUGUUCUCACAACGGUACAUAAUGAGUUUAUAUCAAGAACUGACGUAUACUCUGUAGAUGAAGCUGCUGGAGACUCUAAAAACACUGUGCUGCAGGAAAAGGAGCAAGACGGCUCUGAUUUGCAGUACAAAGCAGAGAGAGUGCACAUUACUGAUGAGUCAUGCAACCUUGUGGGAGCAGUCAAUAAAGCUCUUCUGAAAGUUAUACAGAGCGACAGUUUAGAUGAAGCUGCAGAAUGGAAGAGACUGCAACAAAUUACAAGAGUAGACAGAAACCUGCCAGGCUCAAUAUAUGAGAAAAGAACCACGGUAUCCCGGGGAAGCAGCAAGCAUUUAUUUUUGAACCUGCCUGUAAAUGAAAGUCUGGAUAUUUCUCAGACAAAUAAUAACCUUAAACGGGAAGAGAAAAGGCUGCAUUCACCCUCGUUAGUAGCAGUGAGUAAUGUUUUUAGUAAUUCAUAUCCGCUAUCUAAUACACACAAACAAAUGUCACCCAUUCCUUCUCCGUUAUCUUCGAGACUGCCUAGCCCGCAGCUGCAUCAUCGGAUUCUCCCGUUACCAACACUAAACGCUGAGGACGAAUCUGUGUUCAAUGACUAUGGCAGUGGGAGACACGGUGCUAUAAACCUCUCUUUCAGUGAUUUGGAGCCACAGUUUUAUCUGAAGUUCUCUGAACCUGGAGAAUUGGGAUUUGCCACCAGACAACCAGGCCUACAUCAGAAUGCAACUGCAGGGCACUUUGAAAAGCGCGCUGUACAAGAAAAAUUGACUCCUCGGACACAGCAGAAUUUCUGUCCAGGGUGGCCCAAUGAGUGACUGCCAGAGCUGAUGCAAGACAAGUUACAAGAUUCUGCAGUUUAAACCAGGGAGGAAGACAUAGGCAUGAGAAAAAGGGGGUUCCAAAAGGGGAGCUGUGUGGGGAUGUGAAACCAUUGCCUUAGCCAAAGGGUGUUGAAUACCGCUUAUGAGGCUUGCAUUUAUGCUUUCUGCUUCUAGAAGUUGCUUUAGUUCCACUCCACUCUAAAUUUGAUUUAGUCUGUUGUUUGAUGAGUUGACAAAGCUGAUACAAA